GAUAAGCAAAGUAAUAACUACUCCGCAAACUGCUGACAAUCUAGGGAACGCGCCGACAAGAAAUUCGAAGAAAAUUUGGUUUAGUCUCGGGAAUAUCUCGGAUACUUUUUUUUUUUGUAGGCUGUGGGUUAAACGUUGGCCCACUAUGCGACAACACUGAUUUCCUGGCGCGUCUACAACCAUCAAGUUACCCCAACGGCACUACAAUGUUCUUAAUAUUCCCAACAGUUUUACCCCAUUCGCAGAAGAGUUACCAUUUAUCUUUUCAUGUUAUUACAUGGCGACAAACUAACAUGAUUUUAAGAAGGAAUUAUUGAAGGUUUUGCCCAUAUAUUAAAAAGUAAAGGGUGAGUGGCAACUGGCUGGCAUGUGGGAAACCAGGGGUGGGAUGGGAAGUGUUUCUCUGGGACCAGGGUGGGUCAGUACCGUGUACACACACAACCAGUGAGCAUCUGUUUGCAGACACUACUUGACGCUACACAUGUUCCGUUUUCAUAUAUAUAAUGAGAUGUUUUUAAACGUCGGAUGCGAGAGAUUUAAGAAAAUUUACGUGUGUAAUAAAUCUGUUAAUAUAACUCGAUUUUAGUAGUGAGAUAACUGAUUACUAGGAUUAUAAAACAUGUGCCAGGGAAACAAUUGACCAUAAUAUUUUUUGAACUCCAACCAAAAGUGCCGAGUUUUGAUCAAAAAACCUUAUACUGGAAAGAUGAAUAUGCCUGGUGCCUCUCCACGUGAAGCUGGGGAAGAUACGCGUUGCACGUACGUCAACAUAGACGUUAAGACGCCAGACUCCAGCAGUGAAGCAGUUGACGUAAACUUCCUGACGGACACCAACGUGUACUACAACCUGCCACCUCCCCUGCCCUCAGCACACAGCCGUGGGACCUCUCUACCUCGCAGGCACCCACCAACUCAUCAACACUUCAACAGGGCCUACUGGUCGUGUCCAGCCUCGCCCAAGCUUCCACCUUCUGCAGUAGUGCCACGCAAGGACAAUAUUCCCUGUACGACCACUGAGAUGACAGGGAAGGAUGUUCCCUCACCCCCCAUCCAACCUCGAGCACCGGAACCCAAGAACAAGGUGUCACACACCCGCUCCUUUGACCUGGAUCAUCUUUACCAGAACCUAGUCAGAGUUGCUAGCAAGCCUCGUAGUAACUCCUUCAGCAUAGACUUGCCCUGGAGACGCAAAAAGAAGACCCAAGACACUACUCCAGAUAUUAAGGAAGAUUCCGGCGAAGAUUGGGCUGCUCGAAUGUUGCACGAUAACGAAGAAAUAAAUUAUAAACCUAACCUGUUGCAGACCAGCAGUCCUCGGUCUAUCCCAGAUGUACAUAGCAACCUGACGACUUGCAGCAGAAGCAGUAGCAGUAGUAGUACUAGUGGUAGCAGCGAGAGUGGUGGUGUGGCAGAGGAGUGUUCAGCAGAGGUGUGCCCUGGCGUGACUUACCUAAGGGAGACGACACGAAAGUGCACAGAUGUUCGAGAUGAAGACCUCAACUCUUGGUACCACACGGCGGCCACACUGCCUCUCCGCGCCAGCAAGGACACCAGCAGAGGUUCUCUGCAGAGCCUCCAGCAGAGACAGGCACUAGAUGUUAAUGCUAAUUUGGACGAGUGGUUACGCAAAGAACGCUGGCUGGAGAAAAAACGCAACUCUCACAAUAUUCGACUGGCAGGUGAGAACGUGGAGGUGGACAUAGCUAUCCUGUACGCUUCAGACGGGGAGAAGUGGAAGUGUUAUCUCUAUAAUGUCUUCACUCAGCUGGCUCCUAAGGAAGAGGGAUUCCGGGGCAUCAGGGUUGAGGUAAAGAAUGUACAGGAGAUCGAAGAUGACAUUGGACGCCUGCAAGCAGUUCAGCUGAAGGGAGCUAAACUUCAGAUUGUUAUAUUGUCUCCAUGCUUCUUGGCUCACAUUGCUAAACCUGGAAGAAGUGAGAUAGGCCAGUUAUUUAAGCCUGAAAAAGUCCUGGCAUUACUGUUGGGUGUAGACGACAGUCAGUUUACUAUGGCUCAUCGCUCAGCAUUAUAUUCUUACAAUGAUUGGCAUCGGCUCAGAGUUCGGAAUAUGGAUUUAACGUUUGUAUAUGAAGUGCUGUUUGAGGGAAUUAGUAUCCUUAAGAGCUGCGAACUUUUUUCACAAUAUCAAGAUGAAAGAAACGCAGAGUUCAAGAUCACACCUCGGAAAGUGAACAUGGUUCACCAGCUGCUGUAUAUAAUGAUGGAUAAACCAGUUAAAAGCAAGAACAGUGUUGAGGUUUUGAUAGAAGGACUAAAUAAGUACACAAGUAUAAAAAAAUUUCACCUUCGAAAUCCAUAUACUAUUGAUUUUCGCAUGCCAGAAGAAUUCUUGAGAGGAUCAUCCCUUAUAUGUGUCACUGUGCUGGUUGAUAAGAAAAGGAUUGGAUCAAGACAGCUGAAGUGUGAGAGUAGUAUGGACACUUUGAAGACUAUUCUAACCAAUGUGUCCAAUCCUACAGAAUUCAUGUGCCAGGCCCUGAACAUCAAUCCAACAAGUGAUGAACUUGAUCAGAAAUUAGCAGAUACAGUAAGAUUUCAUCUACCUCCCCAUAGACUAGGAGAAUCAAAUGUACAAAAUAGAGAUGGCUACAAAUUUCCAACCUGGAUUCACUUCAGUGCCUAUUAUGGGUUAGAACGUUUAAUAUGGGCAUUGUUAGAGAUUCCAGGAGGUGAAGCAGCUCUCAACACUACAAACUGCCAUGGACAUACUCCAUCUGUCUUGGCCUACCAGAAGCACUUCUCCACUUUAGCUCAGAAACUAGAGGAUGCAGCACUAGUAUCAUCUUUAGCAGCCAAGGUUGGUUAUAUGCCUGAAAUAAGAAGAGCAAUCAGCAUGCAUGGUGAAGCUCAAGGAUGUGAAGAAAUGUACAACAGUCCACCUCCACCGAGACCACUUGUCUCAUAUCAGAUGUAUGGAUAUGAUUCUUUGCCAGCCCCUCGAGAAGUUUCUAGCAACACGCUUGUUGCCUCACCAGUGAGAUUAGAGGUGUCAGAGAAUUUAAUGACACCUUCCUGUUCUCCCCCGCUCUCACCAGCAUUAAGUGGGAGUGAGCAGCAUGUACCCUCUCCAGACAUACCUUCACCUCUCUCUCCGGCCACUCGACUUCACACCUCUUCGUCUACUACCCAACAAGCUGAUUAUACAAAUUCAGUAAAAGAUGAUAGAUAUCUGGACAUGAAUGUAUCAAGUGAAUGUCAAAAGGAAAAAGAGCAUGUUUUAGAAUACAGUGCAGAUGUGUACACCUUAGUAACAGCCUGGAGGGAGAAGACAAACAUAAAGACUUUUGUUGAGAAGAAUCAGGAUAAGAUUGUUGAAGUAAAGAGUAAAUUAGACUCCAGUAAAGGGAAGGACCCGACGGACCUUGCAAAAGAUUCUACAGAGAUUGAGAUGGGAGCCAUGUCUCUGCCACAAGGCGAAACCGCUGAACCAGCUGAAAUUACAGCGCCUGAUGUUAUUCGACGCAAAUCUGUAGUGGAGCAAUUCUUUGAUUUAUUAAGACACAAAUCAGAAAAUUAUAAUGAAAGCAGUCGUGUCAUCUCCAACACCAGUGUUAAUACUUCAAAGAGUCAUCCACAACUGGAAAUGAGAGAGGAUACACAACAGAAUGAUAUACAUAGUUCAGGGAAGACAACAGUUGAGAGAUUACCACAACCUCCUCCACGAAUUGAGGCAUCUAACAUUUACUUGCAAGCAGAAGAUAUUAAUUCACCAUCACUACAUGAGAUAAAAAUACAUCAAGAGAUGAUCAAAUCAGCAAGUAUAAGUGAUUUGGGGAAAUCCUGCUUGCCCACUUCAUCAGCAAAAUACUUGAAUCUACCAAAAAACUUUGCAACACAUACGAAAAAGCAAGAUGAAGAUUAUUCAAUUUAUUCAACUGUGAAUUAACUAAAAAUGGUAGGUCGUCAUAAGACAUAGUUAGUCAGUGAAAACUCAAAUUAUGACUAUUAUUGACAAGCUUCUAUUUAUCAGUUUACCUAUGAAGAAGUCAUGAAGGUGAAGAGUGUGUGGCAUCUAUUUUAUGCUAGAUAUAAUAUACCUCAACUUGAAAUGCCUGUCCAUAACUCUGCAUAGCAUACAGUUUUAUCUGGUUGUAAUUAACAGUUUUGGAGAAUGAGAUGCUUCUGCAACAUUUGAUAAUCUUUAUUGAGGAAAUGUUUGACCACAUAGUGGUUUCAUCACUCCAGUACAAAGAAGAAAGGUCGAAAAAGAGGAGGAGUUGGAGGUGAUCAAUCCUUCAGCCAGGAAUCUGUGUGUUCAGUCCAUCGACUGAGUCCAGGCCGAGCAACUGAUUACCUCAAACUACUACUCUUUUUCUACCAUUUUUCUUUGUAUUGGACUGAUGAAGCCACUGUGUGGCGAAACGUUUCCUCAUUGAAGAUUCUCAAAUGCUGCACAAGUGUCUCAUUCUUUAAUGUGUUGAUUAUCUAAAUCAUUUAUCACAACACUUACUUUUAUUUCAUAGUUCAAAUUCUGUUAUCAUUUUUUAUUACAUUGGCCAUUUUGCACCAAGUUGGGGAUACCUAAAAAAAGGAAAUGCAUUCACCAUCCUUCAUUUGCCCAGAAUAUUUAAAAUGUAUUGUUGAAAUGGCUAAAAUUCCUCCCUCCUAAUCCCCUUUCCCCAUAAAAUAAAACUCAAUCUACCUGUCAAAUUUUUAUUUCAGCAUGGUUAUUUUUCUUUUUAACACACUGGCUCUCUUCCACUGAGGCAGGGUGACAUGGCUGUGUACGACCACUAAACAGGGGCAACUUCAGAAUUUCUAUAUAGAAGGGGCUUAGGGCUGACAAUCUGGUUGGAAAGGAAAGGAAGGGUGAUGGGACUUCUCUUGAAGCUGUGUUUUCAAAGCUAUCACACUGUUUUUGCUCAGUGUAUGCUUCACAUUAGUAAAAUUAGAAAAAUUUCUAAGGAUGCUUUUAUUCACAUUAAAGUGAGUCUUAUAGAAGUGGAAUCUAGGAUUUUUUGUUUUCCUAAUGAACAGCUAAUUACUGGAUAUUGAAUAGUAGGUUAGUCAGUGAUGCAGUUAAUUUUAUGAGUGCAUGGUUGUUUUAUGCCUGUUUUGCCAAAAUAAGUAUAAAUUAAACUGUAACACCAUCAGUCUGAGGAUUUUAAGCACAUACCAGUACUUUGCCAAUUUAUUUAUUUUUAUUUGUUUAUUAUUAUUAUUAUUAUUAUUAUUAUUAUUAUUAUUAUUAUUAUUAUUAUUAUUAUUAUUAUUAAUAGAUGGGUCUAUGAAAGAUGAGGUGAAUCAUAGAAUUGAUGAGGGGAAAAGAGUGGGCGGUGCACCUAGGAGUCUGUGGAGACAAAGAACUUUGUCCUUGGAAACAAAGAGGGGAAUGUAUGAGAGUAUAGUUUUACCAACGCUCUUAUAUGGGUGUGAAGCAUGGGUGGUGAAUGUUGCAGCAAGGAGAAGGCUGGAGGCAGUGGAGAUGUCAUGUCUGAAUGCAAUGUGUGGUGUGAAUAUAAUGCAGAGAAUUCGUAGUUUGGAAGUUAGGAGGAGGUACGGCAUUGCCAAAACUGUUGUCCAGAGGGCUGAGGAAGGGUUGUUGAGGUGAUCCGGACAUGUAGAGAGAAUGGAACGAAACAGAAUGACUUUGAGAGUGUAUAAGUAUGUAGUGGAAGGAAGGCGGGGUAGGGGUAGGCCUAAGAAAGGUUGGAGGGAGGGGGUAUAGGAGGUUUUGUGUGUGAGGGGCUUGGACUUCCAGCAGGCAUGCGUGAGCGUAUUUGAUAGGAGUGAAUGGAGACAAAUGGUUGUUAAUACUUGACUUGCUGUUGGAGUGUGAGCAAAGUAACCUUUAUGAAGGGAUUCAGGGAAACCGGCAGGCCGGACUCGAGUCCUGUAGAUGGGAAGUUCAGUGUCUGCACUCUGAAGGAGGGGUGUUAAUGUUGCAGCUUUAUAAACUGUAGUGUAAAGCACCCAUCUGGCAAGACAGUGAUGUAGUGAAUGAUGAUGAAAGUUUCUUUUUUCAGGCCACCCUGCCUUGGUGGGAAUUGGCCGAUGUGUUAAUAAUAAAAAAAUUAUUAUUAUUAUUAUUAUUAUUAUUAAAUUAUUUAGGUCCUCUGCCUUGGCAGGUGGCAUGCCUCCCACCAAGGCAGUGUGACCAGAGAAUUAUUAUUACUAUUGGGCAUGUUGCAGCUUAGAGGGUCAUCUGAGUUAUAGUGUUGGCACACCUGUGUUAAGAUGAUUGUAGAGUGAUGGUGAAAGUGCUUCUUCUCUUUCAGGUCACCCUACCUUGGUGGGCAACAGCUGAUGUUAAAAAAAUAUAAGAAAAUUUAGAAAUGAAUUACAGUAUUCGCUAUAAAAAUAGUAUUUGCCAUUUUAUUUACAAUUGUAGAAGUAAAAUGCUGUUACAUUAUACAUGUAUAACUAAAACUAAAGCUUUUAUUUCAGUAGUGUAUUUCAUUGUUUGUGAAUAAAUUUUAUGCAUUUUCAUUAGAUGUUUUAUGAGGAAAAUGGCAGUCAUGUGUGAAGCUGAUAACUUCAUUACUAGCACAAGCAUCUGAUGCUGCUAGCAAGGUUACUGCUACUCUGCCAGCUGCUGGCAAGGUUGCUACUACUAUGCCAGCUGCUGGCAAGGUUACUGCUACUCUGCCACCUGCUAGAAUCAUUGCUGCUAUUCCAUUGCAAUCAGGCAAGGUUGGAAAUAUUUAUCUCGGCAAUUAUUUCUUUGUUUGUUUAUCAAGUACAUUGAUUUUUUUAUGUGUAUAUUUUGUUGGUGUACUCGCCUAAUUGUUGUUGCAGGGGUCGAAUCAUAGCUCCUGGUGUGUGUGUGCAGUGAUUUCAUAUUUGGCACAGAUUGGUCAAAGUGUAGAUUUUGGAUUGAAUUUUUUUUAACUAAAUUUCAGAAUAGAUUUUUAGUAUUUGUAUCAAUGUAGUACAUUUAUUUUAUUGUGUAUAAUAAUUUCAUACUUGUGUGGUGGGUUCAUACUGGUUUGGUAUAAAUUGGUCAAGAAAUGAAGAUCUUUUUUUUUUUUUUUGGGGGGGGGGGGGUUAGGGGAGUGGUGAUAAAGAAAAUUUUGGGAAUCUUUGCUAUAAGGACAGUUUGACCUAAAAAUAUCCUUGAUGAGACCUUUAAUUACCAAAAAUAUCAUUUAUGUCAUUUCUGUAAAGUAUGUGAACAGUGUCAUCUGUUCCUGAAUCAUUUGUAAAUUAUACUUUGUAGAGACAGUUUAUUAUUGCUAUAUUUUUAUCCUGUACUCUUAUAAUUAUCUUAAGAAUAAAUAUGUAGUAUACAUUUCCAUAAUGUGUAUGGCUAUUACUGUAUUUUAUUAUCAUGUGAGAAGUUACCUUAAUAACUUGCUAAUUUUUCUCUUUUUGUACAUGCAGUGGUUUUUUUUUUUCCACAGGCUAGUUAGUUAUUUUAACUGUUGUAAUUUUUUAUAAUUUUUUGUACAAUAUUUUUCCAUCUUAGUUAAUUGCUUUACUAGUCUGUUGUUGAAAUGAAUGUACAUUGUUUACUGUUAACAGUUUUGAAGGUGUUUUGUCGGCAUUCAGGAAUUAGGAAAUGUACAGAAGAAUUUUGAUUGUGUGGAUACAUGAACAUAAUGUAUUGCAUGAGUGGUCCAUUGACCCUAGGUUAUUACCCUUUAUAAGCCUUUCAUAUCUACCUCCACUUGUAAAUUAUUAUGUUUAUGGAAAGUGCUAAACCCAUAGUGGUUGUAUGGUGCAUGGGGAAUGGGAGGCACUCAGGUUUGAUCCAAGGAAGUGGAAGAUAAUUCUAAUUCCUUGAAUCAAGAGCCCUUCGCCAGUUCUGUUUGUAAAAUUAAUAACAGUUUAUUUGAUUAAAGUCAUUAGAAUUAGAGACUGGACCUCAUUAACUAUAAUUUUUAACCUCAUUAUUGUACAGUCUUGUAAAUGUAUAGCAUACAUGCUCAUUUUACUGCCACUACUGAUCUAACAUUUGUUGUAGUAAAAAUGAUCACCUAUUUUAGUCAAAAUAAAUGAAUUGUGGAAAAUAUUGAACUUCAGUAUCUGCUAAACAGAAAAUGAAACCAUUCUGGCAGAGUAAUAAUUUAUUCCCUUAAGGUGCAUAAUGUAUGAUGACUUACUGGCAUUGUUUGCAUACACAUGAUCCUCCUUUAUUGAAUGUUAUGAUAAAUGUGCCUACAAUUAUGGAUGAUCAACAGGACUAUAGCUCCACCACUUACCAUGGGUGUACUUCAACUCUGCUUACUCCACAGAUCACCCCUAAUACACCCCACUGAAUCAAAGGAAGUAUUACUUUGUAUAAUUUUACAUGCAAUAACUCUCUUAGGUUAAAACACUCUGUGAAAUAUUAGAUAUGGAUAAAUACAUGUACCUUUCUGUUUGUCAUAUUAUUCAUAGUGUGAAUUUCCUUGAUAAUGGUAAUGACUCCCAGGUACUGUGCCAAAUGGUAGAUUUAAGUCCAACAAUACUUUUGUAGAAAUUCAUUUUUCUAUAGUUAAAAAUUACAGAUUUUUUGGAAGCUUUGUUAUACAUUAUUUUUAUAAGGCUUUUUACUCAAAACAGAACAUUUUCUCUGGAAUAAGAAUAUGUUAAUUGCUGAUACUUGUCAGUACUUUUGUGUGCAGCCUCUCCUCACUUACUGACUGAGUUCUGUCCCUAAGACCAUGUUGGUAAACGAAUUCGUCACUAAGCAAGGAGCAUACUAUAAUAGUAGUGGGUUUGUGUCAGCCAUCUUUGAUAUUGUUUUAGUGUCACCUUUGCACCAUUUAUAACAUUUUUAGUAUAUUUUUAAAUGGUUAUACAGUAGUGUACUGUAUAUUGUAAUAAAUAGAGCAGAGGAAAUCAGCUCUAAUAUGCAUUAUUUAAGUAUGCAUAUUGGUCAGAGAUCCCUGCGUAAGUCCGAGUUGUCGGUAAACGGGUACGUCGCUAAGAGAGAAGAGGCUGAAUUAUUAAGUUAGGUAAAAUUCAUCAGGAAACAGGACAAGUGUUUCCUGACACAGGUCUUAGUCAUGUGAUGACCUGCUGCUGGAGGUUUUGGUCAUCUGACUGAGGCCUUCUACUGGCUUACUUUAAAAAUGCUUUGAACAGUAGUUGUAAACCUUUGUAACACCGAGAGCAAAAUAUUACAUAGUGUUCUUGUUCUCAAGUAAGAUAAUUGGGUUAUAAAUUAGACACAUGUGCAACACUUGGGUAUCUUUAAUGAGGAAACGCUUCGCCACACAGUGGCUUCAU